AUGACAAUUUCGAGUUUGAAGGAGCAAGUUCGGCUCCAAACUUCUGACAUAGUGGUCCUCCUAGAAACAAAAAAUCGGAGUCAACGCUAUGGGUAUUUAAAACGUCAGUUAGGUAUGCAAUUUAUGCAUGCGGUUGAGCCUCGGGGCUUGAGUGGAGGAUUGUGUUUAUUCUGGAAGGAGAUGUCACAGGAUGAGGAGAAUGGUGCCAAGUGGUGCUUCUUUGCAGUGUAUGCAAGUACUGAUGAGCGAGUACGGAGAUCACAAUGGCAAAUAUUACAGGAUAGGAUGGCCCAGUGUCAGGAGGCUUGCCUACUUAUGGGAGAUUUCAAUGAUAUUAUGGACGUAUCUGAGAAGCGUGGGGGUUUGCCACGAACGGAACGAAGCUUGUAUGAUUUUUCCAUGUUUGUAGUGAAUAGUCACCUGUUGGAUUUGGGAUAUGUGGGUCAUCCGUUUACUUGGAGGAACAAGCAGCAGGAGGGAGGCAUAAUGGAACGCUUGGAUAGGGGUUUUGGGAAUGAUCAAUGGGUUACACUGUAUCCGGCUGCUACAGUACAUCAUGUGGUGGUGCCUGGCUCUAACCAUGGGGAUUCAGAGGAGUGCCGAAAAGUGGUAGAAGAGAGAUGGUGCAGACAGUUUCCGGGGUCAAGGGGGCUACAAAUUUCGGGGAAAUUAUGCUGGGUUAGGAAGGGGAUUUUGGAUUGGAGAAGAAGUGAAUGGAGAAUUUCCAAGGCUACUAUUGCUCUCUUACAACAACAACUCAAAGCUACUUAUCUGGCUCCUGACUUUGAUCGUGAUGAGGUCUUGCAGUUGGAGAGUAGCCUUAAAGAGGCGUUCUGGGAGGAAGAGGAGAUUUUUACCAUGUGUUCCCCUUCGAAUAUAGAGUACAUUACUGAUUGUGUUCAGCCACGGGUGACCAUGCAACAGAGCUUGACACCGCAAAUCUCAUCUGAAGAGAUUUGGCUAGCAGUGAAAUCCUUGAACCCUACAAAGUCGCCGGGUCCAGAUGGAUUUACGGGGAAAUUCUUCCAACAGUAUUGGGAUGUGGUUGGUGAGGAUAUCAGUGGAAUGGUCAAGAGUUUUUUUUCACUCCGGGAAGCUUCAUAG